UCCGUUGGGCUCGUACCCGACCCGGAAAAGCAGGGUUUCCUCAGUCAUAAACCUAUUUUUGUUGAGAGAGAACUCAGAACUCAGAACUCAGAACUGGCAACUAAAACAGUUUCAAUCAGCACCACUGCCGGAAACUUGCUGAUUCUCUCGGACAUUAAUCACAGAAUCCAGGUAAUGUUUUUCAAUCCCAAAUAUUUUAGGUUCAUUUCCAUUCAGCUUCAGGUUCUCUGGAUAAUCAAUCACAGGUGGUGAAAAUCUCAUCAAUUUGAGCAUGACCCAUCUGCACAAAUUGAGAACAGCAUCCAUUCUCAAAUGGGUCUCCUCAAAUUUUGAUGAAAACCACUUCAGACUGUUAGGAACCCCAGCUCGGCCAAUUGGGUCUUUCCCCAGUGCCCAAACCCCUAGACUCUACAGAACUAAAAGGAACCCUGUAACUGAAAGCUGUGAAAUUACUUCGCCUGAAAAUGCUGGUCGAGUUUCUCGUGCUGUUCGACGAGAAGCGCAAGCUGCAUUGUUGGACUAUUUGUAUGGUACUAGAGGCUUGCACUUUGCGGAUGCAGAGAAUAUGAGCAAAAACUCACCGCAUUUUCUCAACAAGCUUUUGAAUUGCGUUGGUAAUGAUAAGGAAAUCCGGCAGUCGGUUUCCCGGUACUUGCUUUACCACCCUGUUAAUGAGUUUGAGCCUUUCUUUGAGAGUUUGGGUUUGAAACCUUCAGAGUAUGUUCAUUUUCUUCCACCUAAUUCCAUGUUCUUGAUCGAUGAGAGUCUGUUGCUCCACAAUUAUGCUGUUUUGUGUCAGUUUGGGGUUGCGCGUAAUAGGAUAGGGAAGAUUUACAAGGAAGCUACAGAAGUUUUUCGAUAUGAUUUUAAGGUUUUGCAAUCAAAACUUCGAGCCUAUGAAGAACUGGGUCUCAGUCGAUAUGCUUUAGUUAAGUUUAUUGUUGCUGCUCCUUAUUUGUUAGUUGGGGAUGUAGAUGUGGCAUUUGUUGAGGUAUUGGAGAAAUUGAGGAGCCUUGGAUUUGAAACCAGUUGGGUUCAGGGGAACUUAUCGGAAUCGGAUUCUUAUAAUUGGAGACAUAUGCUUGGAGUUCUGAGUUUUCUUAGUGAUAGUGGUUGCAGCAACAAGCAGUUGGGUGUAUUACUUGGCCAGCAUCCAGAUUUUGUGUUUGAGGCUUCAGGGGGAAGGACAUUUUUACUAAUUGGGAUCUUUCUGAAAUUUGGAUGCUCAAUGAGCCAGAUAUGUUCAAUGUUUCUGCAGUUUCCGCAAAUUGAAGUUACGAAAUUUGUUUCGAAUAUGAGGAGAUGCUUUUUGAUCCUGCAUGAAAUAAAAAUGGAGUUUACAGAGAUAGGGAAGAUUGUGCAUUCUCAACCCCUGCUACUGGGUUCCAUUGCAUUGAAAAGUACCAACACCUUACUUCUUCACUUAAAGAUCGGGAAGAAGGAGCUGUCUAGAUACAUCCAGGAGAACCCGCAAGAAAUGAAGAAUUGGGUAUUUGGUAGAACACUUAGGCCAUUAGAGCUGGGAGAGAACCUCAGAUCAAAGACACACAAGAUGAAGUUUUUGUUAGAUAUAGGAUUUGUAGAGAACCCUAACAAAAUAACAGAAGCGGUAAAUCAGUUUCAAGGCAAUGGAUGGGAGCUUCAGGAAAGAUUUGAUUGCAUUGUGGAAGCUGGUUUAGAUCGUGAUGAAGUCUGUAAACUGAUUAAAAGAUAUCCUCUAGUUCUUUGUCAGUCAAAGAAACUUCUAGAAAUGAAGAUUGAUCUCCUUGUAAAUCAUUUGUGUUAUCCCUUAUCAACUGUGCUGUCCUUCCCAAGAUAUCUUACCUGUGGAAUUAAAAGGGUCAAGCAUAGGGUAUUCAUGUACAAUUGGCUCAAAGAUCAAGGAACAGUUGAACCUGGUUCUGCCUUGAGCACUAUUUUAUAUCCCUCAGAUCUAUGUUUUCUGAGGAAGUUUGUAAAUCAUCAUCCUUGUGGUCUUGAAGUUUGGCAGGAUUUGAAGAAUAAAAUUUAUUCAGAGUAAAACAUUUCUCACUG